AUGAUAGUAGAUUUGGAAAGUUACCCAAAAUCAUCAAUCAGAUUAUUAUCGUUUAUUUACGAAAAAGAAUUAAAAAGUACGACAAGUACAAAAUUUUUAGAAUACUGUACUGAAGAGAAGGUAGAAGACUUUUUAUAUUUGGAAGAAGAGAACAGGCUAAUUGUAUCUGAAAAUUUUAGGCAUGCAGUAAGAGCCGAGAUUAGAGAAUAUAUUAAGGCAUAUAGGGAACAAUAUCAUGAAUUACCACUUGAAAAGAAGGAAACUCCUGAUAUUAAAGGAAAGCUGUAUACAAUUUAUGGAGAAUUUCAGCUUUUUGAUUUGCCAAAGGAUACCAUUUUGUGGGAUUUACUAACAUUGUUAAUCUACGUAGAUAGCUUGAACCCACAGAUUUGGGAUAGAAGAGCUAUUUUAAUAGGAGGAUUGCUACAGAGAGAGGAAAUUAAAUCUGACUAUAUGAGAUUUUUAAGUAGUGAAUUAAACCUAACAAAACUUGCAUUAUGUCAUACUUUUAAAUACGGGGAAAUAUGGAGUUACUUGGAAUAUAUUUUAAUGAAAUAUUAUGAAAAAAUUAAAGAAAGCAAGUUAAAUAAUAUGAAUAAUGAUGAAAUUAUCAUAUAUAUUUUAAAAGAAAACUAUGAUUUUAUUUGUCUACAGAUGGAUUUGUAUGAUCAUAACUACUAUGCAUGGAGUUUAGUUAAUUGGUUGUUUUAUGAUUUAAUUCCUACACUAAUUUCCCCAAAGAACGAUUCAAGCAUACCUUAUAGCUAUAAUGAAAUUAAAAUAUUGGAAAAAUGGGUAAUUAGAUUGAUACAAAAACAUCCGUUUCAAUAUGGAGGAUAUCAUGCGCUGGUAAACCUGAAUGAAAGUAAGAUAGAAACACAAAAUAAAUCUAAUAAGCUAGAAGCAAGUUUAGUAAUCAAACUAGUAUAUUCUGAAGAAACUAUGGAUAUGCUUAGAAUCAUUAUUGAAUGUUUUAACAAUCAUUUUGUUAAUUGUUUUUCGGUAAUUUUAGGUUUCAGGUAUGCAAAUUUCAUGCUUUUAAUCGACUCUGUAGAUGAAAUCUCUCAUUUCCAAAUAUUUGAAAAUGAAAUAAUGUGGUUCCAAAAACAAGGCCUAGUUGAAAAAAUGUCAAAGAGUAUAAAAAAUCUUGAAGAAUUAAGGGAACAUUUCUACUCUAUUUUAUCAGAAAUAUCCAGUUAUAAAUACAACAAAAACAUUAUUCAAAAUUACUAUGAUUUGUUGGACUCGGAACUCCAAGUAGUUAGACAGGGGUCAACAAUGUUUUAUAAAAGUGAUAUUUCUGGUAUUCUAUCAGUUAGAAUGUCAAAUAUUCAAUAUCUAAGUGAGAAUUUUGAGGAGUAUGAGGGAAUGGAAAUGGAAAAUGUAUAUGAAAUGGAAAAAUUAAAUAUUAACAGUGAAGAUAUUGAUGAAGGAGUAGACAAUAUGGUUUCUGUUCAUGCUGCUGGCUUUGGAGUUUACGAUUUUGAGAGUGAGGACGAUGAAAUAUCAAAGGAAAUAACUAAGGGAUAUGGAAUAAAAAAUGAGACGGAUGGUUCAGUUACUGAGACAGAAAGAACAACAAAUGAAAAUGAGAGAGAAGAUCAUUUAAUAACUCCGAAAAAAAGGCCAUUCUUAAGAAAAGGAGAGGGUAAGUCGUUGGUAAUAAGCAACUCCAGAAAAGCAAAUGGAGAGUCUUUAAAAAAAAGUUCUCAAGUAAAGUCACGUACAACUGUUAAGUCUGUCCCAAACUCAACUCCUGCUAGAAAAUUUAGAAAUUCAAAUAGGCCAGAUAUUCGGAAAGUAAACAAAAAUGCCAAAUUUGACUCAUUACUUUUGGGAAUUCAGAGUUCAAAUAUGACCAUGGAGAGUGAGGCGGAAGGAUUUGAGAUCUUUGAGAGUGAGGAAGAGUUUGUAGGGAUGGAAUGGGAUGGAGAACAGAAUGUAGAGAAUUUGAAAAGUAAUAAAAACGACAAAAAUAAACAAAAAACUAGUGAAAAGGAACAGGAAAGGGAUUAUGAAAACUUGAUUCAACAAAAGUUGGAUCUACUUGACAAAAAGAUGGAGUAUAUACACGAAACUCACGAGGAAAUGCUGAAAAAGAAGACUUUGCUAGCUAGGGAAAGGAAACUCUUGGAGAGUUAUAAGGUCAAUUUUGAAAAGGAGUUAAAAUUAAAGUUUGAAAAGAGUAAACAAGAAAUAGAAUCAGAGAAACGACGUUUAGAGAGAGAAAAUAACAAGCUAACAAAAGAUAAGAUUGCUUUGAGCGACCAAGUAACUCGUUUGAAGAUGACUAUAAAGGCAAAGGAUGCUGAAAUAAAUAGACUUACUAAAGAGAUUACCCAGAUGGAGAAAAAAGAGAAAGAAAGGGAAGCCCAAAAAAGUAGAAUGGUUUCAGUAAAAAGAGAAAACUCGUCUGAAAAUGUAGAAAAAAAACGAGCUGAGAAGUUUAAGACUAAGAUUCAAAAAAACGAGGACUUAGAGAUUUCCAGAUUUCCUGGAAGUUCUAGCAUUACUCCAUUAACUACCAAUUUACAAACAACAACGUCAAUUUCUUCUAACUCUUCAGGUUCAUUUAUGGAUCGGGAUUUAAUAAUUGAAGAACAUUUGGUUAACUUUGAUUUUGAAAAGGAACUAGAUCUAUUAUAUGGUAUUUUAAGUACUUGCUUUGAGUUUGUAGGAGAAGGGGAGGACUUUACAACUUUACCGGGUAUUCCAAACGAAAUAGGAAAGCCUUGGUGUGACAUUGAAAAACCUUAUAAAAUUCAGAAAGAUGAUGAUUUGAAAACUAUCACUUUCAAGUUCCCAAGUGGACUUGUAGAAAUUGUAUUUUGUGAUGAACAAGAGAAUUCCAUUUGUCCGAAAAAUACAAGAAAGCUACUUUGGACUCAUCUGGGUUGGUGUAUUCUAGUUUACCCAAAUGGAGACAUUAAAGCAAUCAAACCUGACAAAAAUAUUACUUACCAUUAUGUGGAAAAGGAUAUUGUAAAGUGCGUGGUUGGAAUGAGGGAUCUACUUAAUUACGAUGGAGAAGCAACUAAGCUAUAUUUAAGCAAGUUCUUUUCUCUUGGACAGUUACAAUGUGUUGAUCCUGAGACCAGGAAGACGUAUAUAAUCCACUCUGAUAUGUCCAAACAAAUCCUUAAUGGUUGA